AAAAUCCAGAGCAAAACCAUGUCUUACGACAGUUCAACGUCCACACCUGAUGGAUGGGGUGGACCCCGGCCGAGUUUUACAUUGUCUGUCGGUAGUCGCUCCCUUGGAGCGCCCAUGCCUAGCCUGGCCUCAGUUUUUGGUAGUGACUCACACUGGUAUAAUAUGGUUACUUUAAGCGGAUCUCGUUCCGGCAGCAGUUCAAGGGGAACAGUUGGAAAAUCCAUCCCUAGUUGGAUAUCUGGCCUGCGUUCGAAACGGCCAAGUAUAACUCGCUUGAUCCAGAAAAAUUACGAAAAUGCUGUAGAUUUCAGAUCAGUAGAGAGCAAACUUGAUAUCAGCACCCUAUCUCACAUUUCUCUUCCAAUGGAAAAGCCAAGCGAAACGUUGGCCAAAAAAGAAAGGCUAAUGGCGGAAACUGUAGCCAAAUACGACUAUGAAGACUAUCUAAAUACGUUUGUCAAGUUGGAGGACAGAAGGUACUUGACAAGUGAACGGGUCAUGCAGAUGUUAGUGCCGUUUAGAGUCAUUCCCGGGAAGAUUUUGUUGAGCGAAUCCAAGUUUCAGAUGGAACAAGCAAAAGGUCCUCUGGGGGCUCACUAUAUUCUCACGCAGAAUACUAUUGCCAAUGAUCCACUGGCCAUAGCACUGGCCGAGCGCGAGAAACUCAAUGCCGUUAAAGAGAUUUCGAGCAUUAUAUUUAUAAGCACUCGUGACUCCAAGGGCUUUAGCAUAUCUGGCUAUAUUGACUAUGAACAGAGUUUACGGCACUGCAAGUUGGGCUAUUCUUCGGCACACGAUUGGGUCAAUAUUUUUGCCGGUAAUAAGCGUCUCGAGCCGAACGAAAACGACCUGAGUUUCAUCACAUGGAAGACGGGCAAAGUCUUUUACAAUAAUUCGGAUAAUUACAAGAUUAUUCCGGACGCCAUGAAGGGUUUGUGUUUCCAGCACAAGGGCGAUGGUUGUGUGAUUCUUAUUGAAAAGCGCAUGACUGAGGAUAAUCCAAAGUGCAGUUUUGUGGAAUCAGCAAAAAAUGGUUCGAUCAUUAUCUAUGAUCAUAAAAUAAGGCGAAAAAAUUGAUGUGACAUUAAUCGAAAUGCAAUGAGUUUUAUUUUUA